UCCCAUUUCACGAUUCAUUCUAUUUUACUAUACUUAAAAAACAUGGAGGUUCGUUGAGGACAUACAUACAGCGUGCGCGCUAACCCAUCAAACAUCGCCUGACUGGAUUAUAGAACCCUUCUUUCGUUCUGCGGGCAGUGAAAGACGUGGUCAUUGAGGACCGUCCUCGACCCGAACUCAAAGAUCCUCACGAUGUGUUGGUUCAUGUAUCUCAGACGGGAAUUUGCGGUAGUGAUGUAGGUUUUCGUGGUCACCUCCAUCUGCAACUAAACAAUAUAACCUUACUGGCCGUAUUCACCAGGUCCAUUAGUGCGUGAUUUCAUUCAGAACACAAACAACCGCACCGACCGUACUAACAACAAUAGUUGGCAACGAGGCCGAAUCGGCGAUUACGUAGUCACAGGCCCGAUGGUCCUCGGACACGAAUCCUCCGGGGUAAUCGUCGAAGUCGGCGAAAAGGUAAAGCACCUCAAGGCCGGCGAUCGUGUUGCGAUGGAACCCGGCGUCCCCUGCCGUCGAUGCGAUUACUGCCGGAAAGGCUCGUACCAUCUAUGCGGGGACAUGAUUUUCGCCGCCACCCCGCCAUGGGAUGGCACAUUGGCCAAAUACUACGUCAACGCAGCCGAUUUCUGCUAUAAGAUCCCCGACAACAUGGACCUGGAGGAAGCGGCGAUGACCGAGCCGGUUUCCGUCGCAGUGGCGAUCGCCAAGACCGCAGACCUCCACGCGCAUCAGACGGUCCUGGUUUUGGGGUGCGGGCCGAUCGGGGUGCUCUGUCAGGCGGUCGCGAAGGCGCAUGGAGCCAAGACGGUUAUUGGAGUUGAUGUCGUGCAGUCGAGGCUCGACGUGGCCAGGUCGUAUGGAGUCGAUCAUACCUUCAUGCCGCCCUGGGCGGAGCCUGGAGCGGACCCCAUUGCGCAUGCGGAGAAUGUCGCGGCCAUGAUGAAUGAAGAGCUUGGUCUUGGGGAUGGGCCAGAUGUUGUCCUAGAGUGCUCGGGUGCGGAGCCGUGCAUUCAGUUGGGCAUCUUUGCGGCCAAGAGGGGCGCUACGUUUGUUCAGGCAGGGAUGGGCACAGAGAAUGUGCUGUUCCCGAUUACAGCUGUGUGUACUAAGGGGCUAGUCAUCAAGGGCUCGAUUCGGUACCUCGCUGGCUGUUAUCCUGCUGCGAUUGAUUUGAUUUCGGGUGGGAAAAUUGAUGUUAAGAGGCUGAUCACAAACCGAUUCAAGUUUGAAGAAUCGGAACAAGCAUUUGAGCUGGUCAAGGCCAGACGACAGGAUGUUUUUAAGGUUAUGAUCGCCGGGGUGCUGUAGAGAGAAAUGCGCCAUUUAGAUCAAGCUAUGAGUAGCAUUGCAGAUAUUGGAAUAUGCAAAGAAUGUUCAUAUGCUA